AUGGCUCAAGAAUUCGACAACGUCGACUUCCUAUCAGAAGAGGCAGCGGUUGAACGGCCAUCCGCUCCACACCGAACAGCGAGUCCUGCUACAACAAACACACCUGCAAGAGUGGUCCAGCCAAAGCCACAAGUGCUGCCGGGAAGACAGGGUCCGUCGGCCAUCCUAGUAUCAACUCGACAAAAGGGCAACCCUAUUCUCAAACAUGUUACACAGCUUCCAUGGGAAUACUCAGACAUACCAUGCGACUACGUCCUUGGAGCAACAACAUGCGCAUUGUUUCUGUCUCUCAAAUACCAUCGUUUGCACCCGGAGUAUAUUUAUAGCCGCAUUCGCCAGUUGGGAAAGCUCUACAACCUCCGGAUCCUGUUGACCAUGGUCGACAUCACCAAUCACGAGGAAGCUCUGAAAGAGUUGUCCAAGACUUCGAUGAUCAACAAUCUGACCUUGAUCCUCUGCUGGUCGUCCCAAGAGGCGGGCCGCUAUUUGGAACUCUUCAAGUCGUAUGAGCACGCCUCGUCUGCAUCAAUCCGAGCCCACCAAGCAGAAACCUACCAGGAGAGUUUGACUGAGUUUGUUACGACGCCACGGAAUAUCAACAAGACCGACGCCGCCAGCCUGAUCAUGAAUUUCGGCUCUCUUCGAGCAGCUGUAAAUGCGGAACCAGAAGAACUGGCUUUAGUGCCAGGAUGGGGCGAAAAGAAAGUCAAGGCCUGGCACUCUACUCUCCGUGAACCGUUCCGGGUGAAGAGAGCGGCCAAAUCCAAUGCUGCACUCCUGAGACAAGAGACUUCCUUGCUCUCUGAUGGAGCGAGCACUCCAGAAUCCAGACCGGGCAGCGCACAUACACCUAUUCCCAUUGGGACUGUCCCAAGUUUUAGCAGACAAGGGACGGCUUCUGCUGCUUCCGCAGCCCAGAAGACUACCGAGACGGGUCCCAACCAUAAGCGUCCUCGAUUGGAAGAAGUGACCAUGGACAACUUGGAUGAAGAAGAAGAAGCGGCAUUACUUGCCCUUGCUGAUGUGGAAGCUGCAAAGGCAGAGGCUGACAAUGCCAGACACACCCGGCCACCGAUUAGCGAAGAACCAGAAUUGAGCGCGGGCGUUGCGGCCGCUCUAGCAAAACUACGACAAAAUGGGUGA